UUUAAGAGAUAAGAUAUAAGAUCUUUUUGACGUAUUUGAGAAAAAAAAGUUUAUAUACCCAUUUGAGAAAAAAACUAUUAUUUAAAUAUUAAUUUGUGGACUAAACUUUUUUUAAAUAGAUUUAAUAGUUUGAUUAUUAUAUUAAUUAAAAGAAGUAUCAGCUUAAAAAAAUAAUUUAAUUACUAUAAGUAAAAAAAUAAGAAAAAAGAGUAAUAUCUGAGUUAAGCCAAAAAAAAAAAAAUUGUCCAGAAAAAUUAUCAAUUUAUUAAAAAUUCCAGUCAUUUCCAGGUAUGAUAAAUUCUUGCUCAGUGCUUACAAAACCAAAGGCGAGUCCUAGAUAGAAUGUAGACUGUUCUGAAGGGGACGAGCGAGCGCUAAAAGAUGUUUUACCGUUGCAAAAUCCUCAACGUUAACUUCCCAUCAUCUAUUUCUGUGGGAACUUUUGUCAAACACCUUCCAUUUUCCAAACCUAAAACCUCAUUUCCUCCUCAAAGACUCAACUUUAAAUCUCUAACCACCACCACUACCUGCGUAACACGCAGCUCUUCCUAUUUUGAAACCUUAAACUCCCGCCAAAAGGACCAGAUUCAUCUCUACGUAGACGCUUUACUUCAAUGGAACCAGAAGAUGAAUCUCACCGCUGUCAAUGAAGUUAAUGAAGUAAUGGAAAGGCACAUUGAAGAUUCCCUAGCAAUUAUCCCUCCUAUACAAAACUCUUAUAUCUCAAGCUGUAACAAUUCAUUUGACAACCUUAGGAUUGUUGAUGUUGGAAGUGGUGCGGGGCUUCCUGGCUUGGUUUUAGCUGUUGCUUGUCCAGGUUGGGAAGUAACGUUGGUUGAAUCUAUGAACAAGCGAUGCCUUUUCUUGGAACAUGCAGUGAGUCUUAUCGGUUUGUCCAAUGUUCAGGUUGUGAGAGAAAGAGCAGAGAAAUUGGGGCAGGAUUCCAACUUUAGGGAGAGAUUUGAUGUUGCAGUGGCCAGGGCAGUUGCAGAGAUGAAAGUUUUGGCUGAAUACUGCCUUCCUCUUGUUCGUGUUGGUGGCUUGUUUGUAGCUGCAAAAGGUCAUAAUCCUCAAGACGAAGUUAAAAGUGCAGAAAGAGCAACCAAAUUGAUGGGUGCUUCAGUAUUGCAACUGUGCUCAGUGGAAUCACACAGCCCACAUGGACAGAGAACUGCUAUCAUUUGCUUAAAAAAUCGACCCACACCAAGAAAAUAUCCACGUGAUCCAGGUUUAUUUUGAUCUUGAAGCCUAGCUCACCACGAGGAUCACCAACUCGCACCAUUGCGAGAUUAUGAUAGUAAUAGAUUUUUUGUAUUUGUGUAGGUGACUCCUAGUGGCAUGUACUAGCCAUGCAAAGGAGUUCGCGAUCAAGGCACACUUUGAUGAUCUAUCUUGUUUAUUGGGGGUCAUUUAGCCUGACAGGACUGUCUCGUUACUUGGAAGAGACUCAAGACCCAUCUGUUUGGAUCCUAGUUAAAAUGUAAACACUCUAGUAACUUGUAUUUUUAUCAGGAUAAUUAUUGUAAAUCCUAAAGGAUAAAAAUGUAUAAAGUUUAAAUCCUUUGGGACUCCCUGUAGAUAGACACUAAUGUCAACCAUUGAUGUAACUCAAUUUGUACAGUUGGAUAUGUUGGAUUUGGUUCCUUGAUUGUAGUAUAUUCGUUUGUAAACUUGUAACUUUUUUUAAUUGAUUGGUUUAUAAAACAA